AUGGAUGAAAGGUUCAACAAGUGGCUGCUGACGCCGGUGCUCACUCUCCUCUUCGUGGUCAUCAUGUACCAGUACGUGUCCCCCUCCUGCUCCAGCUCCUGCGCCAACUUCGGGGAGCAGCCCCGCGCCGGAGAGGCCGGCCAGCCGGCCGCCCCGAGUCCCGCCCGCCGGGCACAGGCGCCGCCCGAGGACUGGGAGCGGCGGCCCCAGCUGCCCCCGCCACCCCGGGGGCCGCCCGAGGGGCCUCGGGGGGCCGCGGCGCCGGAGGACGAGGACGAGGAGCCGGGGGACCCCGAGGACGAGGAGGAGGAGGCGGAGGAGGAGGAGGAGGAACCGGACCCCGAGGCCCCCGAGAACGGCUCCUUGCCCCGCUUCGUGCCGCGCUUCAACUUCACCCCGAAGGACCUGACCCGCUUCGUGGAUUUCAACAUCAAGGGGCGCGACGUGAUCGUCUUCCUGCACAUCCAGAAGACCGGGGGCACCACGUUCGGCCGGCACCUGGUGAAGAACAUCCGGCUGGAGCAGCCGUGCAGCUGCAAAGCCGGCCAGAAGAAGUGCACCUGCCACCGGCCCGGCAAGAAGGAGACGUGGCUCUUCUCCCGCUUCUCCACCGGCUGGAGCUGCGGGCUGCACGCCGACUGGACGGAGCUCACCAACUGUGUGCCGGCCAUCAUGGAGAAGAAAGACUGUCCCCGCAACCACAGCCACACCAGGAAUUUCUAUUACAUCACCAUGCUGCGGGAUCCGGUGUCCCGAUACCUGAGCGAGUGGAAACACGUCCAGAGAGGGGCCACGUGGAAAACCUCCCUCCACAUGUGCGACGGGAGGAGCCCCACCCCGGACGAGCUGCCCACCUGCUACCCCGGGGACGACUGGUCCGGGGUCAGCCUGCGGGAGUUCAUGGACUGCACCUACAACCUGGCCAACAACCGCCAGGUGCGCAUGCUGGCCGACCUCAGCCUGGUGGGCUGCUACAACUUGACUUUCAUGAACGAGAGCGAGAGGAAUGCCAUCUUGCUGCAGAGCGCCAAGAGCAACCUCAAGAACAUGGCGUUCUUCGGGCUCACGGAGUUCCAGCGCAAGACGCAGUUCCUCUUUGAGAGGACAUUCAACCUCCAGUUCAUCUCCCCCUUCACGCAGUUCAACAUCACGCGGGCUUCCAACGUGGAGAUCAACGAGGGCGCCCGCCGGCGCAUCGAGGAGCUCAACUUCCUCGAUGUGCAGCUCUACGAGUACGCCAAGGAUCUCUUCCAGCAGCGCUACCACCGCACCAAGCAGCUGCAGCGCCAGAGGGACCGGCAGAGGAGACGCGGGGAGCGCCGGCUGCAGCGAGACCACAGGGGCCACCGCGCGCCCAGGCAGGAGGGGAGCCCCGGGGCGGCCGUCACGGAGGACUACAACAGCCAGGUGGUCAGGUGGUGA